AUGUCAAUAAUAUCUAUUUUAUGUUUUAAAGCAUCGUAUAAAUUAUUUCGAUGGUUAUUUAUAUUUUCUACAAUUUUAAGUUCUUUAAAUGGAGUUUCAACUCUUAACUUACCGCAAUUUACAAUAAAGAGUAAAGUUAUUGAGUUACUUGAUGAGGAGGGUGGAACCUCAGAUUUCACAAUGAAAUUGUUUACCAUCUCAGCAUUAGUAAUACUCGGAGGCGUGUUUGCUGGGCUUACAAUAGGCUUGAUGGGCUUAGAUGAGACUAAUUUACAAGUUUUAAUGGUAGCAGGAGAUUCGAAGGAACGUAUUUAUGCAAGAAAAGUAUUUGAACUUUUAAAACGUGGAAAACACUGGGUAUUAGUAACUUUAUUACUCUCCAAUGUGAUUGUCAAUGAAACUUUACCAAUCAUUAUGGACUCGCUUUUUGGAGGAGGUUGGCCGGCAGUGUUAAUAUCAACUGCAUUAAUCGUUCUAUUUGGGGAAAUAAUUCCUCAAGCCAUAUGUGUUCGUUAUGGCUUGGCUAUAGGUGCCGGAUUUUCAUGGUUUGUGUUGUUCUUAAUGUAUACAAUGUUUCCUAUAGCGUACCCGAUAGCUCUACUAUUGGAUUAUUUUCUUGGCGAACAUCACGGUAUAAUGUAUCGUAAAUCUGAGUUAAAAACUUUUGUUUCUUUGCAUAAAAAUGGCGGAAUUGAAAGUUUAAAUGAAGAUGAAGUUCAAAUUAUUGGUUCUGUGUUAGAUCUUCGUGAAAAAUCCGUUUCAGCCAUCAUGACACCUUUGGAAAAUUCUUAUACAUUAAGUGCUGAUUGUUUAUUAGAUGAAAAAACGGUUGAUGAGAUUCUUUCGGCAGGUUAUUCUCGUAUUCCAGUUUAUGAGCCACCAAAUCCAACGCACUUUAUAGGUAUGCUUUUAGUUAAAAAACUAAUUACAUAUGAUCCAGAAGAUGCAUGGUCUGUCAGGGAUUUUCCAUUAAGCUCACUACCAGAAACUUCACCAGACACAAGUUGUUUAGACAUUUUAAACUAUUUUCAAGAAGGCAGAAGCCACAUGGUACUUGUCUCAGAAGAUCCUGGGGGAGAUAAAGGAGCUCUUGGCGUAAUCACUCUCGAAGAUGUUAUUGAAGAGUUGAUUGGAGAGGAAAUUAUUGACGAGACAGAUGUUUAUGUUGACGUACAAAAUAAAAUCAAAGUUGUGCGUCAUCCACCACGUCAAUCGAGACAACGUUCAUAUCCAUAUUAUAAAUCUAAUUUAUUAAAAAGCUCAGCAAUUCUACAUACUGUUCUUGAUUAUCUUUAUGCAAAUGGAUUUACAGAAUCAUUUAAUUCGUUAAAAACUGAUGCGCACCAAAAUGAUUUCAAUCCAGAUCCCAAACAAAAAUACGCAGGGUUAUUGGAAAAAAAAUGGACUUCGGUGAUUCGGUUACAAAAAAAGAUUACACAGAUGUCUGAAGAACUUAAUAAUGCACCUUUAAGAAAAACUAAUAGUGCAGUUGAUUGGGUACCACGAGCACCAGAAAAAUAUUCACUAACAGGGCAUAGGAAUCCAAUUACACGCGUUACGUUUCAUCCUGUUUUUUCUGUAUUGGCAUCUGCUUCUGAAGAUACUACAAUAAAGAUUUGGGAUUAUGAAACUGGUGAAUUUGAAAGAACACUUAAAAGUCAUACUAAAGCAGUUCAAGAUAUAACAUUUGAUCCUAAAGGCAACUAUUUGGUGACUUGUUCUGCAGAUUUGACAAUAAAAGUGUAUUGUAUAAAAACAUAUACUGGUCAUUUGGAAUGGGUGAGAAUGGUAUCACCAAGCGAAGAUGGAAAAUGGAUUGUAACUAGUUCAAACGAUCAGACUGCACGUUUAUGGGAAGUACAAAGUGGUGAUUGUAAAAUGGAUUUUAGGGAUCAUGAUCAUGUAGUAGAAUGUGCAAUAUUUGCACCUCUUGUUGCAUAUCCUUUAAUAAGAGAAUUGAUAGGUGUAGAUAAAGAUCCCAAAGGAAACAAAGAUCAACCAAUUCCUGGUCAAUAUAUUGUAACUGGUUCAAGGGAUAAAACAAUUAAACUAUGGGAUUCGACAGGUCAAUGCUUGAGAACUUUUGUGGGACAUGAUAAUUGGGUUCGUGGACUUGUAUUCCAUCCUAGUGGAAAAUUUCUUCUCAGUGCAUCAGAUGACAAGACUCUAAAGAUAUGGGAUGUUAAAACUGGUCGAUGUACCAAAACUUUAGAAGCCCAUGCACAUUUUGUUACAUGUAUCGCAUUUAAUAGUGGUACUCCUGUUGUUGCUACAGGAUAUAACAACUGA